AUGGGGGCGGAGGAAGCGAAGCCAUUAGAAUCCUAUAAAAAGAAAGUAUCCGACAUCACAAAGUAUCAAGCUCCAUCACCACAAGCACCUAGGCCAGAUACGGACCGCUGGAAACCACUUUGCAAAAAUCUAUCCUAACCGUCAGUCCAUCAUCCAAUUUAUUUUUCUUUAAUUUAUAUAUUUUUCAACAGAAACAGCUAGGAUAAUUUCUUAACCGUCGACGGUAUUUUCAGAAAAGUAUUAUUAUAUCCAUGGCAGUCUUGGGUUUAUUUAAUUGAUUUACCAAAACCAUCGAAGUUGAAAAACUUUCCAGCCAACGGGUAAACUUUUACGCAUGGACGCUGCGAGAACGCGCACCGCUCCGAGAUCGUCGGUGCUCGUAAAGUGAGCGCUGAGGUGUGCUCUUUGAACCUUUCCUACCUUCUCGGCACUCCACGUCUUUUUGAAGGAUGCUCGCUUUCCCUCGGAGUAGAUGGUGGUGGUUUGUACUGGCGCUCCUCGUGGCCACGGUGCGGACGGGGACGUCCCAGAGACCAGAAGCGCGCUCCAAGGCCAACUCCAUCAGGUCGGCGUUGUUGGAAGAGGCGCACCCCACGCCGGGGACCAACCACACCGGGACCCUUCACAGCGCAGGGGUCCCCAAGAAACACAACGUCCUCACACAGGCGUAUCCGUGCAGCAGUGACAAGGAGUGCAGCCUGGGCAGCUACUGCCAAAGCCCCCAGCAGGCCCCCUCCAGAUGCCUCACCUGCCGCAGGAGGAAAAAGCGUUGCCAUAGAGACGCCAUGUGUUGCCCCGGAAACCGCUGCAGCAGCUACAUCUGCGUCCCCGUCUCGGAGAGUGUGCUGUCCCAGCACAUCUCGCCCCUGGGCGACCACAAUAAGCUCUCCACCAAGGAGCACGGCUGGAGGAGGAACGGGAAGACCAACGGGAAGACGAAUGGGAAGACGCAGCCCAAGCAUUCCCUCAAAGGCCACGAGGGCGACCCCUGCCUGCGCUCGGCCGACUGCGCCGAGGGCUUCUGCUGCGCGCGCCACUUCUGGACCAAGAUCUGCAAGCCUGUGCUGCGGCAGGGCGAGGUGUGCACCAAGCUCCGCAAGAAGGGCUCCCACGGCCUGGAGAUCUUCCAGCGCUGCGACUGCGCCAAGGGGCUCUCCUGCAAGGUGUGGAGGGACGCCACGUCCUCCUCCAAGUCCCGCCUGCACAUGUGCCAGAAGGUCUGAAGAAGGAGGGAGGGGGGGAGAGAGAGGGGGGGGGAGUGAGGAGUGAGGAGCAAGGGGUGGCGAAGGGGAAGGUGGUGGGGAUGGAGGUGAAGGUUAUAUCCGGCGUUCUCGUCCUCCUCCUUCCUCUCCAUCUGCCCCCGGGCGUUGGAGGAAGUUCUCCUGCUAUGUGUCGGUUCUUUUUUUUGCGUGAGGGGGGGGGGGGGGAGAAAGAAAGAAAAGAAGAGAAGAAAGAGAAGAGGAGAACAAAGAGACUAGAGACAAUUUAAAACAGAAGUCUUCUUGUCUCCUUCUCCUUGUGGGCCAGGAAUGUUCCUCCACAGGUGAAGUGUGUGUGCGAUGUAUGGUUUUCAUCGGGCAACCUCAUUUCGCAGACAUCAUACUCUAUCACACAUGCUCACAUACACACACACACACACACACACACACACACACACACACACACACACACACACACACACACACACACACACACACACUGACAAACACUCUUUAUCGCGCUCCGAGUUGCUCGACUGCAUCGCUUUGGCCCAGGUCUCUCUCACUCUCCACCUGCAACACAUAUCCACUGGGCCGUCCAGGGAGCUACGUGGCCAGGUGUCCGACCCUGCCCGCCAAAGUGUGGACAUUGUGAGUGGACUGGAUGUUCCUAGCCCUAGCAAUAGGAUGCAAGCUCCUGUAGUGUAAAGCCUUACUGUUCUAUACCUUCAAACACAUUCAUUCACAUGUCUGCUCAUGCAUACAAGUUCAUAGUUUAGAAAAUACAUACAUUUCUAAAAGUUAGAGAAUGCUUCUGUCGUUCUAAAUGUGAAAUGGAAUGUCUUUUCCCCCCCAUAGUCUUUAUUAUAUAAGAUUUUGUUUUAUCUGCAUUUUUGUGAGGACAAAAUAAAAAAACAUCUAUGGCAAAUAUAAAUUGCGCAGAUUGAAGUAUACUGUAUAUGACAACAUAGGCCUACUAGAACUAGAAAACAACUGCAGUUGUACAUAGACAACAGACUUUUGCAUAUAUCUUUGUGUGACAACCUGCUGCAUAGCUCUCACCCAAAUACAUGAGCUCUGGAAGAAAAGAUAGGGAUGAGGUUUCCCUUUAAUAUCCCUUAUCUAUUAUGAUUCAGGUAGUUGUGCAUGAGUACUAAAGUAGUACUAGUUCAUCAGAAACAAAAUAUAGAUUCAAUUUCCAACUGCCACUGGAUGUCCGGAUAAAAUGGAUGGCUGUAUAAAAAUCGAGGUCUGUAUAAAAUGGAAACGGUGGCCUCAUAAAAUAACCUUUUUAGGUUGAAGGGGAAAGUAGAGAAUACAAAUACUCACAUUGUUCAUAAAAUACGACUGCAUGCAUCGCAACUGUAUGAUAUAUGAUGAUGUAAGUAAAUUUCACCUGUGACGGAAGCAUUUACGGAAAUUACUUUUUUUCAAUUUGAAGUGAUAUUGAUUUUAUAAUAUCAACAUGAGCCCUUGUCCAUUGUUUGGCUUUGUUAUUACAGUCUGAGUAACCCAUUUUUCUUUUCUUGUAUUAAUUACAAACAAUUAAGCUCAUGUAUUGUAUAUAGAUUGGAAACAAUCAAAAAUGUAUUUAAGGAUCAAUGUAUAUCAUGUACAUACAAUGAAAAAGUAAGAUAUGAAUUCUUUUAAAAAAGGUCAAAGAUAGCAAAGCUAGGCGAGAAGUGACAAAGUAUGGUGUGGUGCCGACAGGUUUUUAUUUGAUAAGAUCUAACUUAGAUCACAACAGUUACAGCAGUUUACAAAGCGAGCGGAGCGAUAAGCAGAACAAAAUCCAGCCUGGACUGAAAUAGUUUAUAUGGUCAAACGUGGAAGAUAUUUUGUGGAGGAGGAAAGCCAACAAACACAGGAACUGCUAUAGUAGUUAGUGUAACUGGUGUGUAUAUGGUUCAAGAAUUCUAUCCCACUAAAAUGAUGCUUGUGUGAAUACAUUCUGCUGAUAUUUUUGUGUAUUUACAAUGUUGACUAAAUAAAAGAAUGUAUUUUGUAGUACUGGUUACUUUGGGUUUAUUUGAAUUGGACAACAGAACCAUUGCAUUAUUCAGGCACGCAUGUUAAUAAUGUACACAAUUUGUCAACUUCUUCAAACCGCACCACUUUAUUAGCAAAUAUUUUUAAUAAAAUGUGAUUACCACGUAUAAUGGAA